GUCGGCCGCUGGAGGAGAGUGGACCCCCCCCCCCCCGCCACUUUGAGGCUUUUUCCCCGGCGCCUCCCUGCCGCCCCCCGGUCCCGGCGCGGGGCUCGGGGAUGCCCGCCAGCAUGUUCAGCAUCGACAACAUCCUGGCCGCCCGGCCGCGCUGCAAAGAUUCGGUGCUGCCAGUGGCGCCCAGCGCCGCGGCUCCCGUCGUCUUCCCGGCCCUGCACGGGGACUCGCUCUACGGCGCCGGCGGCGGCGCCUCCUCGGACUAUGGCGCCUUCUAUCCGCGCCCGGUGGCCCCCGGCGGCGCAGGCCUCCCGGCCGCGGUCGGCGGCUCCCGCCUCGGCUACAACAACUACUUCUACGGGCAGCUGCACGUGCAGGCGGCGCCCGUGGGCCCGGCCUGCUGCGGGGCCGUGCCGCCGCUGGGUGCCCAGCAGUGCUCCUGCGUCCCGACGCCCCCAGGCUACGAGGGCCCCGGCUCGGUGCUAGUGUCCCCAGUGCCGCACCAGAUGCUGCCCUACAUGAACGUGGGCACCCUGUCGCGCACCGAGCUGCAACUCCUCAACCAGCUGCACUGCCGGCGGAAGCGGCGGCACCGCACCAUCUUUACGGACGAGCAGCUCGAAGCGCUGGAGAACCUCUUCCAGGAGACCAAGUACCCAGACGUGGGUACCCGCGAGCAGCUGGCCCGGAAGGUGCACCUCCGCGAGGAGAAAGUGGAGGUCUGGUUUAAAAAUCGCCGUGCCAAAUGGAGGCGGCAGAAGCGGUCCUCGUCGGAGGAGUCGGAAAACGCCGAGAAGUGGAACAAGACGUCGUCAAAGGCGUCGCCCGAGAAGAGGGAAGAGGAAGGUAAAAGCGAUUUGGACUCGGACAGCUGACGGCCGCGGGCCGGCUGUGGCUCUUGACUAACUCGAAGGACUUGCACAGACAGACGAUGCUACUUUCUUGCACACGCGCUGCCUUGCGGGAGGGGGCCGAGAAAGAGGAACGAGGAGCUGUAAAUAGUGUACAGAGCCCGGAGGGUUGGCGCCUGGGGUCCGGGGUGCGCAGGGGCUCGAGCCCCGAAGUCCAAGGCCGCCAGCGCCUCGCUCCCCACCGUAGUAUUUAUAGUUAAGUUAACGGUGACGAUACAAUAAAGUGAUGGCGAUGUAGUCGGG